AUGGUAGACUGGAUUACUCUCGCCGUGCCAUUCGCCUACUUGAGCGUUCUCAUCGGCUCCCUCGCAACCUUCUCUUCUCUAUACCGCAAACGCAAAGCUAGAAAUGCUUCCUCCCUAGAACCAUGGUUCCCUCCGCACCUCCAACGAGAUAUCUACUUUUCCCUCAUGCACCUCGACCCAGCCACUUCGUCGUCAUCGAAGGAGAAAAAAGCCCCCGCAGUUCCCGAGUCGGUCCUCAAGGCUGCUCUACUAAGACGCGCCGCGGAGAAUAUCAAACGCCUCAUGACCCUGCGAAGCCAGAAACAAGCUCUAUCUUUGCUUCUGCAGCGCGGCAGUGUUGGCGACGAUCUGUGGCAACGGUUUCUCCGCGCCGAGAAGGAAAUGGAGGAAGAGGUUCGGGAUGUUGUCGCUGAGGCCAAUGCAUACGUACCGAAUUGGGGCCAGACGAUCUUCCAAUCUGCAAAUGAAAUGGUCAAUAACGCAAUGGUGCGCCAGCGACUUGAAGCCCACCAAUCGAAACUCGAAGAGGAGAAGCAAUGGUGGGAGCGCAAGAAGUCUCGUAUCCAAGAAGGAUUCAUGAAAGAGUUGGAUGCAGAGGGUGCAUCCGCACAGCAGAAGACCACAACCGCUGCUCCUACCUCUGUCCCUGCCCCUGCUGCUACUCCUGUAGCUACUCCUGCACCGACUACACCAAAGAAGCCCGAGACCCCGUCUGUCACCGCUGAGAGCGAUGACGAUGCCGUUCUCGUAGAGGCCGAUGACCAAGCUGCGAAUGCGGAGAGUCCUAGUCGAGGAACAGGAGGCAAGAAGAAAAAGAAGGGCAAGAAAUGA